AGGCGUCGCUGUCUGACGCACGCUUCUGCUGGUUAUUUUUCACGCAUGCGCAAAGCGAGGAGAAACAGUCAUGGCGACGGCGGCGGCGGCAGCGGAGAAACCGACGAAAGAGAAGCUUCUAUCCACUCUGGAUGACAUUGAAGUUUUAUCCAGAGAGCUGAUAGAGAUGCUGGCGCUGUCCAGGACUCAGAAGAUGCCCCAGCCUGGAGAGGACACUGAUAUACUGGAGCUGUUAGUGCAGAGAGAUAAAGAGUUUCAGGAGCUCAUGCAGACGGCAGUGGAGCAGGGCAAAGUGCACGGGGAGAUGCAGGCGCUGGAGAAGGAAGUGGAGAAGAGAGACAGCGACAUCCAGCAGCUCCAGAAACAGCUCAAAGAGGCUGAACAUAUCCUGGCCACUGCUGUCUACCAAGCCAAAGAGAAGCUGAAGUCUAUUGAAAAGGCCAGAAAAGGGAGUAUCUCUUCAGAGGAGAUCAUCAAAUACGCUCACAGGAUCAGUGCCAGUAAUGCAGUGUGUGCUCCUCUCAACUGGGUUCCAGGUGACCCCCGCAGGCCGUACCCCACUGAUCUGGAGAUGCGCAGUGGAAUACUGGGUAACAUGAGCAACAUGUCCACCAACGGAGUGAAUGGGCACCUGCCAGGAGACGCAUUGGCUGCUGGGAGAUUACCAGAUAUUCUAACCCCACAAUAUCCUUGGCAGUCAGCUGAUGUUUCCAUGGGGAUUCUGCCUCCUCACCAUGGCAACGAUUUUGGCCUAGAGCCACCUGGUCAUAACAAGGAAAAUGAAGAUGAUGUCGAGGCCAUGUCAACAGAUUCCUCAAGCAGCAGCAGUGACUCAGACUGAGAGCGUGUGAGUGUGUGAGUGUGUGUGUGUGUGUGUCCACAGUAACUUGUCCACCUGAACAGCUUGAUAGUGCGUUGUCUGCAUCUUUUCUGUGAUUGUAGAGAUCCAGAUGCCAACAUAUACUGCUUUCAGGAGGACCAAACUUACACUGGUCAUCUUUUCAGCAAAGAGUUUUUUUUUCAUUCUCCAGAUGCCUUGCAGUCAUCAUUUGUUUGUAUAAUUUUAUCCCACUGGCCUCAAAUGUCACCAGUGCGUCGUUUUCAUUGUGUGCAGACGGGCUCAUUUGCAUUUAUUUGUAAACUAGUGAAGCAUUACUGGUUUACAGCUGGAAUAUAAAUAGCAAUGUAAAUACCUCUAAACUUUCAGACUCUGUAAAUAAAACUUUCUUUUUUUAA